AUGGCAAACGUUCCACCGUAUAGAUGUUUUCUCUCUGUGGAACUCCCAUUUUGUCUUCCUGUGACAUCAUCAUCUUCAUCCUCAACAUUCUCUAGCGGUGGUGAGAUUGGCGUGGAUGAUCGUCAGAUGGUGGAAGCCUUUAUUCCAGCUUCCUUUCUUCGUCCUUGUCUUGAUGAAGUUCGUUUAACGGAAAAGAAAGAUAAUAAGAAUAUGGAACAAGACCAAGGACAGGUUGAGCAUCAUGUUGAGAAUACAGAUGCAGGAAAGAAAGAACAAGAUUGUACAGUAAUGAAAAUUUCUAUGGCCUCUGAGUAUUGUCCGAACGAAGUUUUCUCUGGAUGGAGACCACUUGAUUUCGAUGUGAAUUCAAAUAAAGGUAAAAAUGUUGAUACUAGUUCAAAUAUGACAAGUAAUGCAUUUGGAAAAAAUCUUACUAAAACUAUAGAUGAAGAAGGUAAAAGAGAUAGGGAAGAAAUAUUACGUGAAUCUUUCCCAUCCUUUGUACCACAAGUUCUAAUGCAUGGUUUUUACCGUAAUGAUUUACUUGUAGAUAUAAAGAGAACACGACGCAUGAAGCGUUUACGUGAUCCUAUUACCGGUCGUAUUCUACAAGAAUUUUAUUUAACAAAUGAUGAUGAUAAUGAUAAUGAUGUUGUGCAGGAACAAACUAAACCAACUGUUGUGGGUGUUGUUUCACGAGAAGUAGACCUUGUAAGACCAGCGGAUUUUUGUUUUGCUCCAUUUUCUAAAGAUCAAGCCAUAUCCGCUCCAACACUUUGUAGUACAAAUUUCUUUCCUCCAUCACAUUUUAUUUCAGAAAAGACACCAUUUGAAGUGGAAUGUGAAUUUAAUGGACCUUUUACUACAAAGAGAUCAUCUUCUUCACGUACAGGAGUAAAAUCUGGUGAGGAAACUGAAACACCACUACAAGAGGAUUUGGGGGCAAUGCCUACCCUCUCUGUUAUGGCAAAUGAUCCACGAAUUCCACCUCCCAUGCUUCCUGCUCAGAGAGAACUUCUUUCCCGAUUAAAUGGUGGUGAAGGUGAAGAAGAAUGUGUAGAAGUAAGGACAGUAAAAAGUCUUUUAGAAGAACGUCCAGUUUGGAUUGCACAAGAGCUCCUUGACGCCGUUCUUCAAUCUGGUAUUUGUCCUCGUAAACAUAUUAAUAAAAAAGUAGUUUCUUGUCUAACAUAUGUUAUAAAAAAUGGACCUUUUAAUCGUCUACGUGUUCGUAUUGGUUUUGAUCCUUACGCUAGUCAUAAGACAGCUUCCUUGCAACGUAUUGCAGUUAAAAUUGUACGUCGUUCGGAACUAGGAACUCUUAUUCGUGAUGUCAGUCGCGCACCAAAAAUUAACGAAGUCAUACAAGAAUUGUUAAAGAAUAAGAUGAACAAAACACAGCAAAUACAAAAACCUCAAAAUACCAAUAACGAUUCGUCCGUUUUAUUUUACCAACCUCGCGGGUCGUUUGCACAACGACUCGCUAAUCUUGUGAGUGGUGGAAGACUUUUUGUCGCACUUCAAAUCGCCGAUUUAGUUGAUGACCCCGUGUUUAAGAGCAUUCUUGCGGCAGUACCCGCCGCGACUGCCCCUAUGCCGCUUGAAAAGAGAUCUGAAAGAACAGGUUGGAUAGGCGAAAGUGGUUACAAUCGAGCUUCGGCGGAGAUUAUGGAGGCACUUUCAACUUUUAUACAUGAAGAAGUCGUGCCGGCGCUUGGGAGACUGGGGGAAAGAAGGGGGCAAAUAAACCGAGAAAUAAGUCCAUAUGACCAUUCCGAGGGCGAUUCCAACGCGAGUAUGAUUAGCGCAGAGCAAGUGAGUGAAUUCAACGAGGAAGAAAGCGAAGAGGGAGAAGAAUAG